AUGUCUCUGACGUAUACUAAAGAUUCAACUAAUGUUGAUAUUGUGAUGGAUAACAUUCGUCAUACGCAGGAUCCUCGUAGAACUAAGAAUGAAAAUCAUUGUGUAUUACUAACGACAGGUUCGUUAAAUCCCGUUCACAAAAGUCACGUAUUAAGUCUGAUACAAGCAAAACAAUAUCUUGAACAGCAAUACCAUUUUCGAGUGUUAGCUGGAUAUUUAUCGCCAACACAGGAUAGUUAUGUGAAGGAAAAAUUACGUAGUAAUCAUAUACCAUCUGAACAUCGUAUUCGUAUGUGUGAAGAAGCAAUUAAAGAAGCCAAUGUUCAAGAUUGGAUCUGCGUGGAUAAAGCCGAAUGUAAGGCAACGGGAUUUGUUGAUUUUCCUGGUGUAUGUAUACAGUUACGUCGCUACAUAAAUGACAUAGUUGUUUACAGCCAAGGACUAGUAACCCGUCCGAUCCGUUUGAUAUAUGUAUGUGGCUUAGAUCAUUUUAACAAAUGUUCUGAUGUAUUAUUAUUAGCUAGAAAUGAAUACGGUGUAGCUGUUAUCUACCGUCCAGGUUAUGAAGAAAAUAAAAUUCAGACUGUUGUGAAUCCAAAUAUUUUCUAUGUUCCAAUCAAUGACGAAAAUAAAAAGAGUCUAACGGAUGUCAGUUCAUCUCUAAUUAGACAAAAAUUACAAAAUGGUGAAUCCUGUGAUAGUCUUACCUAUAAAUCUGUUCUAGAAUACCUGAAAUUAUUAAAAAAUUGA